AUGAAUACAGAUGAACAAAAAUUUUCUUCUAACCUAGCGGCAUCUUAUUCACAAGCAUCUGUUUUUUAUAUGCCAAAUAAUGGCAUGGAACAACAAUAUCUUCUACAAGUAAGAAGUCAAGCACCAUAUCCACCACUAAUGAAUCUUCAACCAUAUAUGAAUCAACAAAUGCCUUACGAUUAUUCUCAACCAUUUUAUGUUCCUUCAACGUUUCGGCAAAAUUUUCUUAUGCCUACAUAUAAUCUACAACCAAUGAAUCCUUCAGCGAUUCCUAUUAUGCGAUCAUCGAAUGACAAAAUGAAUUAUUCAUAUUUUAUGCUACAAAACGAGAAUCCAACAAAUCCACCGGAAAAUACUAAUCCUCCAUCAACGUCAACUGUUUAUACACAACUAUUUUUUCCAACAGCUUAUUCAAUGCCAACAAGUCAUCAAGCAUCACAAGUACCGCCACUAAUGCCUAAUCAAUCACAAUCACCAUGGACAAUAUCUGGUUCACAACAAUCAACACAAAUUCCUCCAACAGUUCAACAUUCACAAAUUGACCAACAACUAACUUUAUAUCCAUCAACAGUGGCUUCGGGGCAUAAUGAAAAACAAAAAAAUACUCCAUUCGUUGUUAUCGAUCCGGUAUCACAUAAACCAGUAGAGAUUUUUGCACAAUCGACAACUUCGACAGUGUUGGCUACAACAAAAUCAUCAGUAUCUACAAUAACAACAGUUAAGCAUAGUUCAAAUGAAUCGACAAAUACAGAUUCAGUUGUAUUGGAUACAAAAUCGACAAGUGAUACAAAUAAUAUUCAAAAGGAAGUUUAUUCUCCACGAACAUAUGCUGACAUGUUAGUCGAAUCUUCCAGAACUCGAAAAGAUGAGUCUGAUAAUCGUAUACCUGAAGUGAAUAAAAGAAUUAAUGCAACAUCACUGACAUCACAAGUAACACCAUCACAAUCAACAACAACAACAACAACACCUAUAGCAAUAAUAAAUGAUGAUAAACCUCAGGCAACACCCAAACAACCUCUACGUUAUAAUCGUCAAGAACUUUUACGUAUUCGUGAUAUUUUUGCGCCACUUCCAAUGCCACAGAAUCUUCCCAAUCUUUCUGUUGUUAUUUGUCGAUGUGAUGAUAAUCAUGCGCGUUAUUCAUAUGCUGACAAAAAUAGUCAAAGACAUAUAAACUCUUCAUGUCCUCGGCAAUUAUCACCGAGUAAUCAUCGAUCAUUAAUACACGAUCAAACUACUCAAAAUUCAACAAGCGAUUCAAGUAGUAAAACGGAAAUUCGCUCAUCAACUGAACCUAGUUUUAGCUAUCGUAUUGAAAAUCCUCGCAGACCAGUCGAUCAAAAUAAAAUCGAUACUGAUAAUAAAUUUUUACAUGAUGUUAGAUCAAUAUUAAAUGAAUUAACAUCACAAACAUAUAAAAAAUUACAAAAAAAAAUUGCAGCAUUAGAAAUUAAUUGUUACGAAAGAUUAGAAGGAUUAGUUAUGAUACUGCACUCUAAAGCUGUUAAUGAGCCACAAUAUGGUUUUCUAUAUGCAAAAUUAUGUCAACAAUUUCAAAACACACAUGUCAAUGUAAUAGAUAAACAUGGUAGAUCAAAAACACAUCAGUUUCGUCAAAUACUAUUAAUAUUUUGUCAAAAAGAAUUCAAAAGUGAUUAUAGACAAGAAAUUGAAUAUGAAAAAAGAAAACUUGAAGUCGAAGCCAUAAAAGAUGAGAAAAUAUAUCGAGAAGAAACUGAAAAAUUAGAAGAAGAUCUUAUUAAAACUAAACAAAGAAAAUUAGGCAAUAUUCUGUUUAUUGGCGAACUGUUUAAAUUAACUACGGUAACCAAUGCUAUGAUAUUUGAUUAUAUUGAAUAUUUACUUCGUGAUAAAACCGAUGAAGAAAAUCUUGAAUCUUUAUGCCAACUUUUACGUUCUAUUGGUAAAGAGAUUGAUACAAGAACUAGUCAAAGUCCGACAAAGAAAUAUAAUUUGGAAAAAUAUUAUCGUGAAUUGGAUAUUAUUGCCAAAAAACAAAAAAUAUCUGCACGUAUUCGUUUCAUGAUUCAAGAAGUUAUUGAAUUAAGACAAACUGUAUCGACUGCUCGUCCUGCUGAAACUAAAUCGACAGUAAUUAAUGAAAUUGAUGAACAAAUGUGUGAACGACAACAAUGUCGUGAUCAAAAUCAUAGCACUGUUAUUAGUAGUGUACAAGACAGUCAUGGUAGUGGAAUUAAACAACAAUCGAGUAUAGAUCAGGAAGAUAGAGUAGAAAAUCGCUUUCAUGUUGAUACUUUAAGACAAUUACAAUUCAAUGAUAAACAAAAUCAAGAACCAUUCACAAUCAAUUUAGCUCCAGAACGUACAUGGACAAAUGGAUCAGGAAUUGACAAGAAACUGGAAGAAGAUCAUUCAUUAGCCGGACGCAGUGAUAGACCACUUUCUGGUCCUAUUCAGCAACUAAAAAUGGAAAUCGACUCAUCUCAAAGUAGUGCGCCUUAUCCAAUUCAUGGUCAACUCUCAAAUGAAUUAGCAAGUGAAAAUAGCCAACAUGAUCAUGAGAAUGCUUCACAAUUAGUACUUAAAACAACAACUGAUAGUGAAAUAAAUAGUUCAAUAAAUAUAACUGGUACAUCAUUGAUGAUCAAUUCUCGUGAAGUUUCACAUAACAUUAGUUGUGAACAAUCAUGUAAUUCAUCAAAUGGAUCAGAUGUUAGUGAAAGUAUAUCAACUACUAGUUUAUCUACACUAUUGGAUGAGGAAAAAAUUGAAGCUCGUAUAUAUUCGCUUAUUGAUAAAUAUACAGAAAAUGAUUCGGAUUUAACUGAUCGAUCUGUUAAAGAAGCCUUAAAAGAUUUAGCUGCUUUUUAUAUACCAAACCUUGAUCAACAAGCAAUUAUUGUUCGAGAAUUAUUUAAAAAUGUAUUGGAGGCUAAACCAUGUGCUAGUAAAGCUGUUGGACAUUUACUUGAUGCUGCACUUAAUGAUAAUGUGUUAUCUACUGAAGCUUUUAUUUCCGGUUUUAAAAUGAUUGUGAAAGCUGCACCAGAUUAUGCUGCUGACAUUCCUUUAAUUUGGCAAUAUAUUGGUGGAAUUAUUGGUGCAUUUAUCGGUGCUUCUACAUCAAACAUAACAUUACUUAAACCAAUUUUAGAGUGUGUUCCUGAUCAUCAAUCAAAACAAUUAUUUCAAUUCAUAAUUCUCUAUGCAAAAGAAUUUUCAUCUCAAACACGUAUACAAAACUUUUGGCAAUCAUCUGGCUUUUCUUUAAAUGAUUUACUUAAACCUGAUAUGAUUGAUUCUUCAUUUUUAAAUGAAUAUUAUUGGCUAUUUGAUACACCUCACAUCGAACAAUCAGCACAACAAGCAAAAGAAAGUCAUUCUUCGCGUACCGAUCCACAACUUGUUCAAUUAUUUACAUCCGUUAAUGAUCAAAGUAGAACAGCAACUGAUGCUGAAAUAAUCACUUAUAUUCGCGAGCAUAUGGAUCCAAAUGGAAAAUCUUAUAUUCGAAAUAUUGUUUUAUCUUAUUUGGAAGCAUGUUUAAUUAAUCGUGAUCCACAGAAGAAAAUUCAAGAAGAUAUUGCAAAAAAACGAAUGACCAUACUUAAUGCCAUUAUUGAACAUAAACCCGAACGGGAAAUUCAAACCAUUUAUGCUAUUCAAAAUUUUGUUACUAAACUUGAACACCCACCGAAAAUGGCUCAACUAUUAUUCGAUCUAUUCUAUGAUGAAGAAUGUGUAAGUAAGGAUGCAUUUUUUGAAUGGCUGAAACAUCCAGAUCAAUCUGAAACUGAAGGGCAUGCCAUUGUUGUAAUGUCAACAAAAGAUUUUUUUAGUUGGUUGCAACACGCUGAAACAAAAGUCGAAGAAGAAGAAGAAGGAAACUAA